CUCGUCUUCUUUCUCCUUCAAACGUCUGACCAUACAUACAAUCUUCAGCAGCAGCACUUUCUGCCAAAGCAAUUUAGCUUAUCCUCCACAAUAAGGAGUCCGUGAAGCUUCCCCCUCCCAUCUCCCCUGCCCUUCUGUCACCUUCUCAGGUAAAAGCAGGCUGGCCACAGAACCGCGCUCUAACGUCUUUAUUUUGUUGAGGCCCAGCCAUUCAUAUCCUCCUAACCGGUACACUCGAACCCCCCUCGAGCUCUUCCUUCUCAAGCAGAAAUCCACCACCACCACCACCACUCGAGCAUCAUGGCGCCUUUCCGUGGUAGUCUAUCCAACCAUGAUCAAAUAUCAUCAUCAGGUACUGUCUGUUGCAUGAGCCGGUGCCCGCCCUUCUUGCAAUUCGCUGGCGUGCAGCUUCCUCCGUGACGGCUCCCAAGCUUGGGGAUCUCCUCCCCGAGUUAUUAAAAAAAAACAAGACUGGGAGCCGUCGCCUGCUGCUGGCGGAGUGUGAGGGGGGCGUGGCUGAGAUUAUACGGCCGCAAACUUGAUCUGGAUAAUACCAGCGAAAGGAUCAUGCUCUUCCCCCCUUUUUUGCCUGCGAGGACAGCGAACGCCUAACAUGUGCAGACCAUAUCAAACAUCACCACCGCCCAUCAUGAGCCCCCCCGCCGCCGUCUCGCCCCCCCAGCACGCCGCUGAGCUCGCCACCCCGGCGUCAAAGCUCGCCGUCAAGGGCGUCAACAGCAACAAGACCACCACCACUAUUGACGACAUGCUCGGCCAGUGGGACACCUUCCGGUUCGCGCCCAUCCGCGAGAGCCAGGUGUCGCGGGCCAUGACGCGCCGCUACUUCCAGGACCUCGACACGUACGCCGAGUCGGACAUUGUCAUCAUCGGCGCCGGCUCGUGCGGCCUCAGCGCCGCCUACGUGCUCGGCAAGACGCGCCCGGACCUCAAGAUCGCCAUCAUCGAGGCCUCCGUCUCCCCCGGCGGCGGCGCCUGGCUCGGCGGCCAGCUCUUCUCCGCCAUGGUCAUGCGCAAGCCCGCCGACGCCUUCCUGCGCGAGGUCGGCGUCCCCUACGAGGACGAGGGCAACUACGUCGUCGUCAAGCACGCCGCCCUCUUCACCUCCACCAUCAUGUCCAAGGUCCUGGCCAUGCCCAACAUCAAGCUCUUCAACGCCACCUGCGUCGAGGACCUCAUCACCCGCCAGGCCUUGGACGAGGGCGAGGGCGUCCGCAUCACCGGCGUCGUCACCAACUGGACCCUCGUCUCCAUGCACCACGACGACCAGUCCUGCAUGGACCCCAACACCAUCAACGCCCCUCUCGUCAUCUCCACCACCGGCCACGACGGCCCCAUGGGAGCCUUCUCCGUCAAGCGCCUCGUCAGCAUGCAGCGCAUUGAGAAGCUCGGCGGCAUGCGUGGCCUGGAUAUGAACACGGCCGAGGACGCCAUUGUCAAGGGCACCCGCGAGAUCGUCCCCGGUCUCAUCGUCGGCGGCAUGGAGCUGUCAGAGGUUGACGGCGCCAACCGCAUGGGCCCGACUUUUGGCGCCAUGGCCCUCAGCGGCCUGAAGGCGGCCGAGGAAGCCCUCAAGGUCUGGGAUAUUCGCGCCAAGCAAACCGCCCAGUAAACAGGAAACCACGGGCAAACCCAAAAGAGGAAAACACGAGCCCGGAGGACAUGUUUCGAUCGUUUUGCAUCAGAUGUACGCGACCAUGGCCCUGCCACUCUUUCAGGAGCUACGUGCGAAUAGUUGCCAGACAGAAUGACAGAAGUUGCAACUGCCAAAAGAAAUGCAAUCCAAGUAAAAUGUGAUAAAGACAAGUGGCCGUUGCAGUAGAGAUUCUACUAUUGAUUGGACAUAGAAGACAUUGCACGUUCACAUAUUCUAUUCGGGGGGCACGCAGUGAGUCCUUGGGCCGU